UUCUCUCUUCUCCUCGCCAUUUCCAGAAUUUUCAGGUACUUCCUCUCACCAUUUUCCAUAUAGAUCGGAUUCUGAGUUUAAGCGAGUAAAGCUACAUAUUCUUCGGCUCCAGUGUUUGUGAAAACGAUGAAUUUUAAGAAUGUCAAAGUUCCCAAAGGUCCUGGUGGUGGUGUUAUAGCUGCGGUGGUUAUUGGUGGGCUCGGUCUUUACGGCGCUACACACUCUCUCUACAAUGUCGAUGGAGGUCAUCGAGCCAUCGUCUUUAACCGGCUUGUUGGUAUCAAAGACAAGGUUUACCCUGAGGGUACUCACCUUAUGAUUCCGUGGUUCGAAAGGCCAAUCAUCUAUGACGUUCGUGCAAAGCCUUAUCUAGUCGAAAGUACAUCUGGGAGCCGUGAUCUCCAGAUGGUUAAGAUUGGGCUUCGUGUUCUCACCCGUCCUAUGGCCAACCAACUACCAGAGGUAUAUCGAUCCCUUGGUGAGAAUUACCGCGAGAGAGUUUUGCCUUCUAUCAUCCACGAGACCUUGAAAGCUGUUGUUGCUCAGUACAAUGCGAGCCAGCUUAUUACUCAGAGAGAGUCGGUGAGUAGAGAAAUCAGGAAAAUUUUAACUGCACGAGCUGCAAACUUCCACAUUGCACUGGAUGAUGUGUCCAUCACAGGCUUGACAUUUGGAAAGGAGUUCACAGCAGCCAUAGAAGGAAAGCAGGUGGCAGCUCAAGAGGCCGAGCGGGCUAAGUUCAUUGUGGAGAAAGCUGAACAGGACAAGAGAAGUGCUGUUAUCCGCGCCGAGGGAGAAGCCAAGAGUGCUCAGCUCAUAGGUCAAGCAAUCGCAAACAACCAAGCGUUCUUAACGUUGAGGAAGAUCGAAGCAGCCAGAGAGAUCGCACAGACCAUCUCAAAGUCGGCAAAUAAGGUUUACUUGAGCUCUAACGAUCUAUUGCUUAACCUACAGGCUAUGGACCUUGAUGUGAAGCCCAAGAAGUAGAGGAUGAUAUGAUUAAACCACGCCAGAGCUCUCUCUCUUCCAUAAUCGUCUUUCCAAUUCACGGAUUCUUAGACUAAAAGCUGUGAAUUCAGACAGUAUGGAUUCUAUCUUGUGAAUUUCAGACACUAUCGUGCGUUUUGUAGUCUUUCUUUUGGGAGAUCAAGAAAAAAAAAUUAUGUUUUUACAAGUU